CACCGGGCAUUCGCCACCAACUCUCCCUCUUUUCUGGCAGCACCCAGCACAGCCGCAGAGCCAGAGCAGCCAGGAUAUGGGCAAAAAAACAAGUUAUUCCCCUGAGAGGCUGGACGGAGAGCAGCUGAACCGGCGCUCAUGCUGAGGAUCUCAGCUGCAGGGAGCCCAUGCGGACUACAUGCACUGCUAAUCCAGCAUAAGGAACGUGUGGGAGCAACCUGCCGGACUUUGCAGUGUUCCUUUCCGCCGCUCUCACGGGCCCGGGGCGAGUUGUGUUCUGGCCUCUCUGAGGAUGUGAGGAUGCCAUCUUUGCGGGCACUUUGAGGGAAGCAAGUUUGAGGUGGAUGUUCAUGGCCAAAUGUAGAGCAGUGGUGAUCGACGAGAAGCAGCUCAGUGGCGCAAUGUCGGCCACUCAGGGGAUGAACCGCACCGGCGUCUACAACUACUUCCUCAACAUGGUGGCCUAUCAGAUAUGCUGCUGCUGUGGACCGGCGCCCUGCUCGCUCUGCUGUGCCUUCUGUCCUCCGGUCAAGUCGUCCACCAGCACGAGGGUCAUGUACACCCUCUUCCACAUCAUGAGCUGCGCUGUGUCCUGCCUCAUGCUGUCCCGCACCGUCUCGGAGCUCGUCAGGGAAAAUGUGCCUUUCUUCAACAUGGUGUGUGACCAGGCACACGGCGGAGGCCACUGUGAGAUGCUGGUGGGCUACUCUGCUGUUUACCGAGUCUGCUUUGGCACAUCCUGUUUCUACCUGAUGAUGGCCAUCUUCCUCGUGGACGUGAAGUCCAGUCAGGACUUCAGAGCGCUCAUACACAACGGGUUUUGGUUUCUGAAGUUCAUCACUUUGCUCGGGAUGUGCACGGCGGCCUUCUUCAUCCCGACAGAGUCUUUUCUGCAUGCUUGGCAUUAUGUAGGUGUGGUGGGAGGAUUCGCCUUCAUCCUCAUCCAGCUCAUCCUCAUCACAGCUUUUGCACACACCUGGAACAAGAACUGGCUGACCGGAGCAGCAGAGAACAAGCGCUGGUACCUGGCGGUGACGUGCGCCACCCUCUUCUUCUACACCAUCGCCACCAUGGCCUUCACCUUCAUGUACAAGUACUACACUCACCCCAUCGCCUGCCAUUUCAACAAGGCCCUGCUGUGGAUCAACCUGGGGCUCUGCGGCCUCAUGUCCUUCAUAGCAGUCACACCGUGCGUGAAGCAGAAGCAGCCUCGGUCUGGGCUCCUUCAGGCCUCCAUCAUCAGCUGUUACGUCAUGUACCUCACUUUCUCCGCGCUGUCCAGCCGUCCGCCAGAGAAAGUGGUGUACCAGGGCAUGAACAUGACCGUCUGUUACCCCAGUGUGGGGCAAGACGGGAUCCAGAACGAAGGCAACGCUGUGGCCAUAAUUGGAGCUGCCAUCAUGUACUGCUGCGUCCUCUUCGCAUGCAACGAGGCCUCCUACUUGGCGGAGGUGUUUGGUCCGUUUUGGAUGAUAAAAGUUUACCGAUACGAAUUCCAGAAAGCCACCUGCUGCUUCUGCUGCCCCGAGGAGGAAGAAGUGGAGGACGACUUUGUGAUUGAUGACGAGAGCAAAGGCUGCCAGAAGGUCAUUCACAACGAGACCCAGAGAGUGGCGUACAGCUACUUCUUCUUCCAUUUCGUCUUCUUCUUGGCCUCGCUCUACGUCAUGAUGACCCUCACUAACUGGUUCAGCUAUGAGUCGGCAGUUCUGGAAACCACCUUCACCCACGGCAGCUGGUCUACCUUCUGGGUGAAGAUGUCGUCCUGCUGGGCCUGUGUGAUCCUCUACCUCUGGCUCCUGCUGGGCCCCCUGUGCAGCUGUCAGCCUGAAUCCAGACCCCGCCGCUCACGCAUCAAGCGGCGCUCCACGUCCUCUCGCCACGUCACUGUCAGCGUCUGACAAGAAGGGGGGGAGACAAAAGAGUCCAAAGGACUCCGACCCUCAGGGCGAUUCUCUUCAGGAGGACUCGAGGACUCGUUCAUCAGAGACUCACGGUGGCGUGAGGAGGACUGAUGAGAAGACUCACGACCCACUGAGAUGUGGGGAAUCGUGCACAGCCUCGACAUGUUGGGCUCGGCACCCUAAAAUCAAAUUACAAGGA